UUGCUAUCGGUGGAUGUGACGGAGCUGGUGAUGAUGAGCUUCGAGGGUGGAACUUGCCGAGCGGACGCUAAGACCCAAUCGGGAUUAGCCGUCUUCUGUAAACGCCCUCAUCAUCUGUGGCUGCCUUAUAAUUCCAUCGUUUACGUGUAUAUAUAGGCUACUGGUCGCCUUUGCUAUGUCGCCAGAGUCAGAUUAUGACCGGCUUCGAGGAUCUAGAUGACGAUGUGUUGUAUGUGAUCCUGGACUUUUUGUACUUGGAGCGAUUCGACAUUCUUCAGAGCUUGCGACUCACCUCAUCACGCUUGAAAGACUUCGUCGAUGCCUUGGCUAAUCGGACUGUAUCACUUGUCGAUGAUGAAAUCCACGAACGAAUCACCUAUCGCUUAGUCGAACGGUUGACCGACCCAUCUGAUAAGAUACGUUACCACGUACGGGCUUUAAAUGUUGUCGACUUCAAGGGCGAUGAAGAUAGCUAUUGCCUCAAUACCGCCUUGAUUGCAGACUGUCUGCGCCACUUUCAGAGGCUCGAUAUAUUCAACUGGAAAUGCGAUGCACCGUUACCCUUGAAACUUCUGGACAAUGUGCAGCAUCGCUUCCCCCGAGCACAGUUUUGUGCCAGUGUAAAAUCGAUCGACCAGACGCUACUUUCCAUACCUCAACUCCAUCGACUGGAAGUUUCAGUACCGUACGGAGAGAUUUCUGGCGACCAAAGCAUCUCUCUGUUCCGAGCCCUCAAGCAAGCACUGCUCCAUCUUCCCAGUCUUCGCUACCUUUGUCUCGACACUCAUCAGGAUGCCACUGUUGGUCGUCUCGAAGGGGCUGCUCUGGAUCGUUUGCAACUUCCAUUGGGGCUUGGUGACCAACUGCCAUCUUUGGUGUCACUCCAUCUACGCAGUAACUACUACGUUUUUGACGUUGAUCAUUGCAAAGUCUUGCUUGCGAGUGUAGACUGCAAUACUCUUCGCAGCCUUACAAUCGGCGCUCCCAACCCGACCGCCUUCUUUGAAGUGUUCAUAGGGAACUUGCCUCGGCUGAGCUACCUGGAUAUUCCAUUCGUACCCGCCAGAGAUAACCCGAUAGACUUCCGUCUCCAGGCAUGGACGAAUUUUAUUGCAAGGCUCGACAAUCUCAAGGAGCUUGUCCUUCGUCUACAGGACUUUGAUGUGCGGUCAGGUUUUGCCAAGAUGUUGGGGGAAAUACAUGGACCUUCACUCUCUCAGCUAAGCUUGCAAGCAAGACAAGUGGAUGGCCUAGGUCCUCAUUAUAUCGGCAACAUCCGCAAAUUUCUAUGGAAGUUCGUGAAAUUGCGAUCUCUGAGCAUGGCGUUCCCCGACAUCCGAAGCUAUCACCGAUGUCCUGAGUGCGAAGGCCACCAGUGGGGCGAACCAAACCACUUCUCAUUUGUUCCUCCGCUUCCCUCCCUGCGCGACGUCAACUUAUCCAUCCGAGCACCACCAAGUGAGCGCGCUCUGUACACGUACAUCAACAAGCACGCUCACUGCGCCAUCUGCCACCUGUGGGUCACUUUUGUGGAGCGAUCUGAGUCGCAGCUCGAAACACUCAGCAUACGCUUCUGGCGAUGGGAAAUGACCGGCCGUCAGACGUGUCUCAAAGAGGUGAUCUACGAUACUACGCGACUACGCGGGCGGCUUACUGUCAGGGUCCGGCACAAUCGAGAGAUUCCUGUUGUGGUGUACAAAGAGGUCUGGGAAGAAGUUCAGGACCGCAAGAUGUUGGUGGCUUUUGAGGUCUGAGACAAGCAUAGUUGAUUGCAAUUUUGGGUGGAGGUACUUUUAGGGACACAACGAUUUCUUCGUUUAACGAUAUGCUGUAGGCUAAAAAACUCAAGAUGAAAACGUGUCAACUUUAUCUAAGCUGAUGCACUGACCUGUGCAGUGGCAGUCAAGUUCGAGAUUGUUGGCUGUGCUUUGGUCUCUUCAUCCUUGCGAAGCUUCUCUUGCAAGGUUUUGAAGUUGCGUGCCAU